CUCCCUCUUCCAGCUCCUCCAGUUCACUAUCUGAAUAUUAAACAAGAACGCAAAGCGAACUGUCAGAAAAGCAUUUAAAUCGAAGCAGAUCACCAAUUCUUCUCCUCAAUUGAACACCAGACCAAGGCGUUAAGUUAAAACCGCAACUCACCUAACAAUGCCAACAACGCCAAAAAACUCCCGACAACCACAACCACCAUCCUCACACUCAAAAUGGCACACCCAUUUAACCCUCGACCUCCUCCUCAAAACAAUGAACUACACAAUCCUCCACCCCUGGUUCGGGUGGAUGUUCGUCCUUACUCUCCGCGCCCAGAUGACACCGUACACAUCCACCUACUUCAUUACCUCCGCGAUGUACGCGACUAUCCUGACACUUCUCUUCGUGGGACGGGUGAUCAAUCAGGGCGUCGCGUACGGGAAACCGCGGGAGGUUGAUUUGGGGGAGGAGGUUGUUGUGAUUACGGGUGGUGCGUCGGGGUUGGGGUUGUUAAUCGCGCAGAUUUAUGGGAUUAGGGGGGUCAGCGUGGCCGUUUUGGAUGUUAAAGGUCCUGAAACAAAAGAUGGGGAUGAAGAUAUUCUUGCUUCGGAUGGGUUGUCAGGGUUGGAGAGUGUUGAGUGUUACCGGUGUGAUGUUGGGAACAAGGAAGAGGUGGAGGAUGUAUUGAGACGGGUUGACAAGGAUUUAGGUACUCCCACUGUGCUCAUCAAUUGCGCCGCUGCCAGCAUCAAUGGCCAGCCCAUCCUGUCUUUACCGGCUGAGUCCUUCCAGAGAACCAUCCAGAUCAAUUUACUUGGUGUCUUCAAUACCUGCCAGGUUAUCUUACCGGGCAUGUUAUCCGCUGACAACGGGGGUACAGUUGUUACCGUGAGUUCUGUCCUCGGCCAUCUUACUCCGGCCUGUCUCUCAGACUACUCCGCGAGUAAAGCUGGAUUGAGUGCCCUUCACAGAACGCUGGAGGCUGAGCUCCGCGCGUCAGGUCACAGCAACAAGGUGAAAACGAUCUUGGUUGAAACGGGACAGAUGUCAACGCCGCUCUUCGAGAAAAUCAAAACGCCCAGCAAUUUCUUCGCCCCCGUCCUUGAGCCAGUCCAGGUCGCCCAGGAGAUCGUAUCUGCAAUCGAUAGUGGAAGAGGCGGUGUCAUCAGAUUGCCCACCUUUGCUGCCGUCGUAAGUUGGUAUGCUGUUUUGCCUGCCGCUCUCCAACGAAUCGCUCGAUACCUAAGUGGUAUUGAUUUUGCCGUAGCGAAGGCGACCCCCCAAGGGUCAAUCAGCGAAUAG